GGAAGCAGUGCUUCCCUUCUACACAUGGGCUGGAGGUGACCCGCACGGCUCCGCCCCCGGAACUUGCUCUCCUCCAAUCAGUGAGGAUCAUGACCACAUCAUCUGUUUCCAAGGGCUGCUUUGUGUUUAAGCCAAGUACCAAGAAGAAAAAGACUUCCUUGACAGUAGCUGACUAUUUUAAUGAAGGUCUUAAGGAUUCUGAAGAUGGCAAAAAACGAUUUGAGAGCUGCCAGUUACUAUGGCAACAGAUGAAAUCUCAGACAGAGCAACUUCAAGAAGAACUGAACAAAAGGCUUUUUGAGAACCUGAUAGGCUUUUUAAGAAAAUCCCACGCCGAUUUUCAUGAUAAGAAAGAUGAUUGGAGCUGCAGGAUGAGAGCAAGUGAGAUUCCAACAGCCGCACUUGUUCUGGGCGUAAAUGUUACAGAUCAUGAUCUUACAUUUAAUAGUUUAGCAGACAUUCUUCAUGAAACUAUCACGCCGUACGUAGUGCUUCUGCAAUCCAAGGAAUGCCCAGGGAUUAAGCAGCUACUUCAGAAGCUCCUUAUACAGCUUAUGGGAAACACUGCAGAUAUUGAGCUUGAUGAAGAAGAAGAGCAAGUGACCAUAUCACAAAGGAAAAUGAACUGCUCUUUGGCCUCCUUGUCUGGCUGGUAUAAAAGGGCCACAAAGAAACCUGCCUCUCCAAAGAAGAAAAGGUCAUCAACCUCUACUCAUUGGGAGUCCCCUCCUGUUGUUGUUAUUUUCAAAGACUUGGAGAGUUUCACAGCCAGUGUCUUACAAGAAUUUAUUGUUAUUAGUAGUGGUUAUGUACAGGAGUUACCACUAGUUCUGGUUUUUGGAAUUGCCACGUCUCCCAUGAUUAUCCACAGACUUCUGUCUCAUUCAGUUUCCUCUCGGCUCUGCAUAGAACUUUUCCAAUCUAUGUCUUGCACUGAGCACCUGGCUACUGUUGUGGAUCAGUUACUUCUUACAAACCACUUCCCCUUCAAACUGAGUGGCAGAGCAUUGCAGGUUCUCAUCACCAUCUUUUUGUAUCAUGAUUUCUCCGUGCAAAACUUCAUUAAAGGACUUCAGCUGUCGGUGGUGGAACAUUUUUACACUCAACCCCUCAGUGUUCUGUGCUGCAGCCUUCCAGAAUCCAGGAAGAGAAUAAAGAACUUAUCACACGCACAGUGUGAAAACAUUCGACAUUUAUCAUCUUUCAUGAGUUAUGUGGAAAGUCAGACACCAGAGAACCAAGUUAAACUUUUGACCAAUGACAGCUUUUUAAAGGAAAUGACACAAGAAUUCCUGGAAAGACUGACUUCCUACCAUGAGAAUUUUACACCGAUCCUGAGAUGCCUCCAUCAUUUUACAUGUAUUCUUCCGAAGUAUCCACUGGGAAAGCAGGUCAGAGAACUUUACUGUGCUUGUCUAGAAAAGAAAGUCUGGGAAACUGAAGACUACAACUCUGCCUUGCUUUUGCUUCGGAUGUUGGCUAAAGAUGAGAUUGUGACUACACUUCAGAAAUGUGUGGCUGUCUUGACACCAUAUUCUGAAAAGGAGCUUGGUCACACAUUAGAGAAGCUAGAGGAAUUCCUAAUCCAUUUCCAGAGUCUCGAAGAAAACACACUAAAUGGGGAGGAUGAAGACACAUCACCACAGAAAGCCCUCCAAAAGAAGACAGACCUGUAUCAGCUUCAGAAGAAACUGUUAGAAAUGAAAGAAACAAGAAGAGCUAAGAAACUCACAAAGUUUGAGAUGCUCCGACAAGAUGUCGUGGACUUUAUAGACUGUAUCGUAAGAGAAUACCUUGUGCCCCCUGAAAUGCUGCCUUUGCAUGAAGUUGUAUAUUUUAGUGCGGCCAGCACCCUUCGCAGACACCUUAAUGCUGCCCCGCGUGUUGCCCUGCACACUGCUCUCAACAACCCAGCCUCUUACUUGAAGACAUUGGAAAACGAGGCUGGAUCUGUUUCCAAUGUAGCACCAGAUAUCUGCAUUGCCUACAAGUUACACCUUGAGUGCGGACGACUGAUAAAUCUUUAUGAUUGGCUAGAGGCUUUUUCAACUGUGGUCCAUGCUGGCGAGGGAAGUGACUCGGAUUCAGCUCAGCAGGUUGAUGAAGUUACCCAUGCUCGCUUUAUAAGAGCUGUGUCAGAACUGGAACUCCUGGGAUUUGUUAAGCCAACCAAACAGAAAACUGAUCAUGUGGCCAGACUGACAUGGGGCGGCUGCUAAUAGAAAACAUUGAACACUGACACUUCUAAUACAUAUAGUACAAUAUGUUACAUCAUCAGGUUUUGCUACAAAAAAAAAUAAAAAUUUGUUUGAUAAAAUCAGUGUUUUUCUGUUUUUUGUAAAUGCUUGUUGCUGAAGUGUUGCAUUAAAGGUCCUUUUGUGCAUUGC